AACUUGGGUAUGAAGCCGCCGUUGUUGCAACCCAGAUGUUCCCCUGGCGGCAGUAUUCACACAUUCUGUCAUGUUAGCGAACAUUCUAGGGCUUAUUGCCGUUGCGCUUUGCUGGGGAUUCACGAAUCCUUUUAUCAAGCGUGGCAGCAAAGGCUUGGAAGAUGUGACACGGCAAUACAAGCAGUCCCCUUGGUGGAAGCGGCAAACGGCUGAGCUUUAUUAUUUGCUAACAAGAUGGCAGUAUAUCAUUCCGCUAGUUAUCAACCUGAGUGGAUCGGCUGUGUAUUAUAAAACUUUGGGCGAAAGUGAUCUUUCCAUCGCUGUUCCAAUUGCCAACUCACUAACAUUAGCGCUUACCAUACUGGCGGGUGUCUUUCUUGGGGAAGAGCUUGGGUCUAAAGCAACAAUGAUGGGCAUUGCACUUGUUUUCCUCGGAGUGAUGUUGUGCACAACCGCCACAUUAACAUCUCAAUGAGCGAUUGGGGAAGCCUCCCGCGAUCUUCUAAUUACUCGCCAAAGUGAGCAUUAUUGGAAGGGAUGGACAGCCCCUUUCGGGCUUGUUCCUUGGUAGGGCAAGGGGAGGCCAUCAAACCACGACCGAUGUCCGCUGCAAACGUUAAAUAUCAUGUUGCUACGAUACUACAUAUAUGUCAGCCUGUUUUUCAGUGUCUGAGACUUCUACCGCUUGAGUCGAAGUGUCCUUGAUAUAUGUCAGGAGUGACGAGUCCUGGGGAAGGAUAGCCUCGCAAUACCAAUAUUUUGCGUCGAUUGAUCGGCUCUGCUGCUGCAGAAUAUCAGUCGAGGAGGGUACCGUAUUUUUCUAUGUCAUGUAUUCGCAAUUUAAUCAGGAAACUGAAUUAAAGGAGUAUAUAAAUAAAUCAUUGAGAAUGCCACA